UUCUCUUUUAUGACAAUAAGUGUACAUAAUUUGUAAUAUUCAUUUGGAAAGCGAAGAUAUUAGCAUUUAUUGUUACAACUUUUAAACGCAGAAGGCAAAUGUGUUAAGAUCUGCAAAUAAAUUGCCACCAACAAACACUUUUCAAAGUCUUUGAAAAUGAUAGACGAAGACACCAAAACACUGUGGUGUGGUAAUUUAGCGGAUCAAGUAACUGAGGAAGUACUAUAUGAGCUGUUUCUGCAAGCGGGUCCACUAGAAAAAGUAAAGAUUCCGAGGGACAGAGAUGGGCGACAGAAAAACUUUGCUUUCAUAACGUAUUGCCACGAAGUGUCUGUGCCCUAUGCACUUAACUUAUUUCGCGGGACGGCCCUUUUUUAUAGAACUUUGAAUCUACAAAGCAAAGGUCGAAUGGUUAUGCUGCCGCCUCCGAUCAGGUGUUACGGUCUUGAGAUGCCAAUGAACUUCCAAAACCAGGACAAUGUGGCUCAGCAUUUCUUGGAAAUGACAGAGAGGUUGAAGCAGGAAAAUCCAUUGAUGUACAGUGCCAAUCAGCCACAAGAAAGUAGCCACGAUGUUAAUCAGCAUGCAGCAGACAAUCUCGUGAUGGCAAGUUUACAGGGUAACUGGUCACACCGACAUCAUCCGUACAGACCAAAAGACCAGAUGCAUAGUAGAGAUAUCAGACACAAUGACUCCAAUGACUAUAGACGGGGAGAGAGCCGGGAUAAUCAUGAUUACAGGUACAGUGAUACCAAAGACAGGGAUGAUUAUAAAUCUCGCAGCAAGCAUUCCGGUAGCUGGAGAGAACGGAGAAAUCACAGGAGUCGUAGAUGAUUAAUUGGAGUUUGCUCAGAAGACUAAAAAGUUUCAGAAUUUUAUAAAAAAAAAACAUUUAAUUUUU